CGAACGGAAUCCUGAUCAAUCUAUCACAGCGGAGAUUAGAUAGUCAAAAAGCGCAUUUUUAAGUCUGAACGCGGUGUAAGAAAUUGAAGUGCCAGCCAAUGAAGACAAUAUAUAAUGUAAUGCAUCCAAUAAGAACAAUUUUUCUUGGGGAGUUUCUUCGGCUAGAACUGAGCAACAAUAGCAAUGAUGAUGAUGAUGGUGGUGAUUCCUAUGAACAAUUUGAUAUUGCUCAUCCUAUCGCCUUAAUGGAAUUUGGAUCUCAGUAAUGGAUUCAUCGAGAAGAUGCUUAAAUCGUCGCUCGCCAUCAGGUUCGUCGGAGAUUCGACAAUUUUACAAACCACGCACACGCACAACCGUGAAUAUAGAUAAUAGAAUUGGGAUGCUCAGUUGGAAACCCACUUGAAGAUGCUUUUCUUAUGAUGAAAUCGUUGAAGCUACUAAUGGUUUAAUUCAGGUUCUGAAAGAUGGAUGGGUAAUUGCUAUGAAAAGGCUAAGCAAAGCUUCUACAAAUGAGAGGAAAGAGGAGUUCUUAAAGAGAGCUUGGAACAAUUGGCCAUAUUCACCAUCCAAAUGUGUCGGCUCUGCUGGGUUGUUGUAUCAACAAUGUUCAUCUCAUCUUUGAGUUCUCCUUCCACGGCUCUGUUGCAUCUCUUCUAUAUGGUAUUUCUGUGAAAAACACAAUCCAUAUCGUAAUUUCACCAGAGUUGGCAAACAAUGUCAAAAUCACAUGGCCGGCUGCCCGCUCCAUAUACUCUGAGAGCUUUAUCACUCUCUGAUGUAUACAAGACAACCAUUCGAAUAGAUUGGGUUAGGAUUUAAGGUAGAAGGUUUUAGAGAAUUGUCCAAUUCUAAUUAUCAAACCAAUAUUUAAAUAUUUAAAUACACAGAAAAACUACCAUCUUUAUCUAUCUGUAUUGUAGCUGCACUUCCGGCCUCCAGGCGAUGUGAGUACCUCCGAACCAGUCUUACCGUUUAAAAAUGUAUAACGUGAUGGUGGAAGCAACCACUCGCAAACAAGGUCAAUUAGUUGAAAAAUCAUUUAAAGGAAAAGCUGGCAAAACUCAAAACCCAGCUUGCAUUUGCAAUGAAUCCCAGUUUCUCAGGAAAAAUACAGAACAUGUUAAUGGACUAGUUCCCCACCCAGGUCCCAUUUUCAAGCUUCUAACCAUCUCCGAAACCAUUGGAGGAAUCUAAUCAUGAAUGGUUGUAGCAGCAGCAGUAAUAGUGGUAUCAGUAGUUAUGUAGUUAGAACACUCAGAUUAAAGAACCCAAAACUCUUAUUGUUGGAAACUUGUUCCAACAUUUCUCACCUGAAAGUAAUCCAUGCCUAUAUGAUCAGAACCCAUAUCAUCACCGACUUAUUCGCAGCUAGCCGACUGAUCGCCUUUUGCACAAACCCCACCUAUGGAACAAGCUUUCUGGAUUACGCCCAACGAAUCUUCUCCCAAAUUCAAAACCCCAACCUCUUCAUCUACAAUGCAAUGGUAAGAGUUUAUUCAGGCAGCAAGAACCCCCAACAGUCCUUCCAAUUCUAUAGAAAGCUUCAGCAGGAAGGCCUCCUUCCGGACAAUCUAACAUUCCCAUAUUUAGUGAAAUCAUGCGCUGAAUUUGGAUGUGUAGGAAUGGGUAUUCAAGCCCUUGGUCAAAUCAUUAAACAUGGAUUUGAAUCUGAUGUAUAUGUACAGAAUUCUCUAGUUCAUAUGUAUGCUACAUGUGGAGAUAUAGGAACAGCAAACCGGAUCUUCCGUGGGAUAUAUCAUCUGGACGUUGUUUCUUGGACUUCCAUGAUUGCAGGGUACAACAAAUGUGGGGAUGUGGAAUCAGCACGCAGGUUGUUUGAUAAGAUGCCAGAGAGAAACUUAGUAACAUGGAGUAUUAUGAUCAAUGGGUAUGUCCGAAACCACCAUUUCAACAAGGCAAUUGAGCUGUUUCAAGUUCUACAGUCAGAAGGAGUACAGGCGAAUGAGACAGUCAUGGUUAGUGUGAUAGCUGCAUGUGCUCAUCUGGGAGCCCUUGAACAGGGAGAAAAAGCGCACAACUAUGUGCUUAGGCAUAAGCUAAAUGUGAAUUUGAUCCUUGGAACAGCUCUUGUGGACAUGUAUGCGAGGUGUGGAAGUAUUCAAAAAGCUAUUAGAGUUUUUGAAGAACUGCCUGAAAGGGACACACUGAGUUGGACAGCCGUAAUAGCAGGACUAGCCAUGCAUGGCCAUGCAGACAAAGCACUGGAAUACUUCUCAGAGAUGUUGAAGACAGGUAUAACACCAAGGGACAUCACCUUCACAGCAGUUCUAUCAGCUUGCAGCCAUGGGGGGUUGGUGGACAGGGGUUUCCAAAUCUUUGAGAGCAUGGAAAGGGAGUAUGAAAUAGAACCGAGGCUAGAGCACUAUGGGUGCAUGGUUGAUAUUCUUGGGCGUGUAGGGAAAUUGGAAGAAGCUGAAGAUUUUGUAAGGAAAAUGCCAAUGCAACCUAAUGCUCCAAUUUGGGGAGCACUGCUUGGGGCUUGUCGAAUUCACAGAAAUACAGAAAUCGGGGAAAGAGUGGGGAAGAUUCUGAUUCAGUUGCAACCAUGUCAUAGUGGGUAUUAUGUGCUCCUCUCAAACAUCUAUGCUCGUGCAAACCAGUGGGAUAAUGUUACACAACUGAGGCAGAUAAUGAAGGAAAGAGGAAUUAAGAAACCGCCUGGGUACAGUCUGAUAGAGAUAGGUGAUACUGUUUACCAUUUCACCAUAGGGGAUAAAUCACACCUGGAGAUUGAGAAGAUUGAAGCAAUGUGGGAAGAGAUUGUUAGGAGAAUAAGAAUGGCAGGAUACACAGAGAAUACUGCAGAUGUUCUUUUUGACAUAGAUGAGGAGGAGAAGGAGAGUGCGUUAUACAGGCAUAGUGAGAAGCUUGCAAUAGCCUUUGGGAUGAUGAAGACCGAAAACCAUACACCACUCCGGAUCGUGAAGAAUCUGAGAGUAUGUGAAGACUGCCAUACAGCCACAAAGCUGGUUUCCAAGGUCUUUGGCCGGGAACUAAUUGUAAGAGACCGGAACAGAUUUCAUCAUUUUAGAGGAGGUUCCUGUUCUUGCAUGGAUUACUGGUAAUAAACAGCCAUUUUGAAUUUUUCAAGGCCAUUCUUGUUCUUAAUAUUCAACAUAACUCUAGAUUAAGGUUU